GUUUCAUAAAAAUUUGUUGUCAAUUUUACGGAGCUAAUUACUGUAUUUUAUUGUCAUUAUAAUAAUAUAAUUAUUUUUAUACUAAUUAGUUUUAAAUGUUCUAAUUUGUUUAGGGUAAGAGUUUAACUGGUUUUUAGUAUAGAGAAUCAAUUUGAAAACGAUUAAGCGAUUAUAGCUGUAUCUGUGGUGCAUGCGCAAUGCGCAUGUCGAAUUCGUCAUUCGUUCGCUUUGGCCGACAUAGCGAAACCUUCAUUUUUCUGAUCUACUAAUUUUUGCCAACGAGAUUGUGCAAUUAUAAUAUUUCAAAAUGCCUAAUCAAGUGUUGACUAUAGAGCCGCAAAAUGAGCUUAAGUUUAAAGGACUAUUUGAGCAGGGAUACACUACUUAUAUGCAACUGAUAAAUCCUAGUGCUGAUACAGUUCUCUUCAAGAUAAAAACUACAGCACCUAAGAAAUAUUGUGUACGUCCUAACUCUGGAGUGCUUGAGCCGAAUUCAAAAGUUGAAAUAGCAAUUACACCACAGCCGGUAAUUGUGGAUCCAAAUGAAAAACAUAAACACAAGUUUAUGGUUCAGAGCGUCAUUGCACCAGAGGGAAAAACUAACAUAGAUCAAGUGUGGAAAGAGAUCAGUCCAGAGCAACUUAUGGAUUAUAAGCUAAAGUGUGUCUUUGAGACGCCUCGUGGUACCAACCUCAAUGAUGCUGGAGAUGCUGCUCAGAAUGAAGUUGCAAAGAAACGAGUGGGAGUUUCAGAUCAAGCAAAAGGUUUUACACAGGAAGCGCAAAGCGCCACUGACAAUGGAGCUAAGAGGAAGAAUGAAGACCAAGCAUCUGGAGCUUCAAACUCUAAAGUGAUUUUCCCUAAAUCUGAAAAUAUGGAAAGUGAUUUGAGAAGGGCAACUCUAGAAGUUAUAUCGUUGAGGGAAGAAGAGCACAGAUUAAGACAGGAAAAUCUGCAGUUAAAAGAGGAGUUGCUUCGCCUCAACCAAUCGGCGGGCGGCGACGGGCGCGCGAUACGCCCGCACUCGUACGGGCCCGAGAAAAGUGCACAAGUGACCCCCAUGCCGUGGGUCGCCACCGCCCUCCUGAUGGCCCUCAUCGGCAUCAUCAUCGGCAAGUUCCUCAUGUGAAUCACCUAAACCAAAGCCUAGAGCUCCAGGGCCGCGCGAUGACCCAAUACCUGCAGCCACCGCAAUUACACCACUCAUACAACGCUACUACUCGCGCAAGGCAGCUUAGGUCCCUAGCCCCAAGCGAGAAACGGGUCCCGUCAAUAAAGAACUCGACAAAUUUUAUAAUACGUAUUUAUAUAACAAGAGUCUCACACCAAAUGCAGGACACGCAUAUUUAUGUUAAAGGGUCUUAAAUUAACAACAAGGCUCACUGUAAAAUCAAGCACACAACUAAAUUGAACUCACCCAUAGUAUUAGUCGACACACCGAAAUAUCACAACGAUACAUACCUUAGAUUAAUAAAAAAGGGAAGAUAAGGUACGCUCAUACAAGCAUCAAAUAAAAUGUGAUCCGGCUACAUAAGCAACUGUCACACACGCACAUGUCUGUAUAUAAACAUUCAUUCGAGCGAGCGAGACAGAACUGUACGCUUCAUCGCAGCGCGAGCGAAACGCCGAGUCCGCUUCCAAGUCCGUACGGAUGAGCAGUAUUGUUGUCCUUUUCUCGAUAACAAAAUGUGAUCUUUGAGAAAAAAAUGUUUUUACAGUUUUACGGAUAAAGUGUUGCCGAGGCGUUUGUUAUUUGACUUUGAACUAUAUGUGUUCUUUAUAAAAGCAUCGAAGGCAUUGUUUUAUCUUUAUAACACAGAAUAUACGCAAUAUUAUUAUAUUGAGUGCACAUCCAGCGUGUUUGAAUAUCCAAUUGUGACUAAAGCGAAUUAUGGUCAUCAGUGCGUCUUUGACUUAUUGGAGGCCCUGGGCAUAUUAGGAUAAUGGGGCCCCUAUGACCCCCGUUUGGUGAUCUAACAAGAACUAGGGAGUUUGUAUUUGUGAUCUGAGGUGCCCACCUAUCGAUCACGGGGCCCUGGGCACUUGCCCAAAGUGCCCACUGGGAAAGACGGGUCUGAUGGUCAUGCACCACAAUUUAAGCGGAUUUCUUUUGAGCCGCGAGUGCCGUAUCUUUCCUUUUUAUUUUAAUCUAAAAUACAGACACACAUAUUUACGGAACUAGUCAAAAUAUAGAGUGAAAUAUAGUUUUAAAAUGAGACUCUUAAAAAAAUAAACGAUAUAGGAUUAAGGUUGAAUUAUUACACUAUUGCAGUUCAUAGUUCACUGUACGAUGACAGCGUUCUAGUGUAGUAUCAAAUGUUUGGUAAAUUACAAAUCUAAUGUGCCCCGUACGUGGCACUAUCUAGUAUAAAUUCAUUCUUUUAGACGGGGGCCCAACGUCGUUUUUACUUUACUUACGACGCAGACGUAUGACCCAUGAUCGUACAUAUAACGACUCUUAUUGCUCCGUAAUCCUUCACGCGGCCUCCACUGUAUUCGAGUUUUAAUAAAAAUGGAGUGGUAUAGCAAAGUCAGUAAUUCAUACCACAUAUAACCCAGCUUAUACGAACAUAGUCACACACCCAUACUUGAUUAAACUCAGGCUGAUAAAAUAAAAAAUACCUAACUUAAAUCUUUCGUUCAAGUAACAAACUGAAUUGCUGAUUUUAAAAAUUCAAGAAUUAUAGUAACAAUGGAUAAAUUGUAUUUAUAUUCUGAAAACUAUUUGUUUUUUAUGAAUACUAUUGGCUUAUAAUUCUUGUUAUUGACAAGGAUUGAUAUGCAAAGGAAUAAAUUAGCUGGCUGUAAUAUUCAUUAAGUCUUUAAAAAGUAGCUUGAUUAGAAUGUAAGGUAUAACUUUAUGGUGAUGUUUAACGAGUCAUUUAUAUUACUUACUGCAAUAUAUUUCGUUGGUGUUUUUUAGAAGUCAAACAGAGCCAUUAUUAUAAUAGAAAGCUACUUUAUACCUGAGUGACAUAUUUUAUCGCCUUUAAAUAAAUUUAUCGUAUGCAAAGCCUGUCUCCCUUUCAUGAACACCGCGAUAUAAUAAAUAGCACGUUUUUAUUACGCACAAUUUUCAAAUAACCAUGGAGUUCGACAGUCGGACGCGAUAAAAAAACGUGUUAUAAUUUUAAAUUGUGGUGCUCACGGGAACUGGGCGGAAUAAAGAUAUCUUAAUAUAAUUAAGUUCUACAUUUAUAUAGAUUUGGUUACUUCUUCUUCAGCAAUUGUCACAUUGUAAUCAAGCUAUUCGAAGGCCAAAAUUUUAGUAAGCAUUAUGUAUUCUGUUUGUAAUCAAGCUAUUCGAAGGCCAAAAUUUUAGUAAGCAUUAUGUAUUCUGUACUGUUACUUGUUGAUAUACAAAUAAGUGUUGGGAUCUUUGGGACCUCUCGAGUUUAAAACGCAUUUAAAUUGCUGAUAACUGCUGCAAGUGUUUGACCGUAAUGAGUGGGCCUUAACUUUAAAAAUACUAUUGAUAUAAUGACGGGACCCCACAUGCGUCCGAUCUACGUCUGCUUUGCGAGAGGUUGAUCUCUUUGACUUAAUAAAGGUGCGAGAUAACAGGUUUUCGGUUACAGCCACACAUACACCGACGUGACAAUGUAAUAACGUAUUCCUUUGAUAUAGAGCCGAAAACUUGCAGCCGCCUCUUUGUAAACAUUGUGUGCGCAUCAAACAGUUGGACAGAUAUCACAGUAACAGUUGAAUCACUGUCGAUUUAAGUGUAUAAAUCAAUUGAACGAAUGUUUGAAACUAAAAACUAUAUGAGUGUUCGAGUGUUGCUGUGACACGCUGAAACACGAUUUCAAUCGUGCUUAGAGAACGAAGUAACACUAGCCACGUUGUUUGUAUCAUCUGUAAUUGAUCCGUUUUUUUCACAUUUACUAAAUUGCAUUAUUUAAUUAGCUAUUUUUACAACCAAUAACAAAGAUAUUUGAGCAGCCAAGCAGUGACAUACACGGGGUGGGUUAUUUCGAAAGACAGAACGCAGGUGUUUAAAAGUUUGGGGUGUUAACAUAUUCGAGCAUAUUGCAUAAGGUCCGGUAUAAUUGUGUGCUAUGCCUAAGGGCUUGUAACAGCGAUGUUCAGUCUAAUGCUACGGGCACACUGUCGCGCUAUCGCGAACAUUAUCCGUUUUCAUAAGAAGGCAGGCUAAGCAAUAGUUACUUUUCUCACCGUGUUCUGAUAUGUGAUCAUUGCUUGGCCGGACUGUCCUCCUGAAAAUGUCCGCCAUAGCGCGACAGUGUGGCCGUAGGAUAAUAGUUAGUACUAAUGGAAUAACGGGCAAUUCUGGAUGGUAUGCAGCCUUGUAUCGUACUGCAUCUAGCUUCAUCAUAUGCCGCACUUGUGUUCUUUCCUAUAUUUGAUGACAGUUUGGAAUAAUUAUAUUUAGUUUUUUCCUUGUAUUUAUUUUAUUAAUAUUUAUUAUUGUUGUUUGUGUCGCCCAAGAAUAACUAAUUCAUACUCACUUGUUUUUGUCUACUUGAAUCUGUUAGACUUCAUGACAUAUAAUGUUUAAAUAUGACAAGGAAAUAUGUAUUAAUCAAUCCAGAUAGAUACACAAUGAUAGCAGUACGAACGUAUUAAACCAAGAUACUAUUGUUCACAUUAUGAUUAAUUGUGCCUUCAAUUGUAAUCUGCAACAUUAACAAAAUAUUAUACCAUGUAACUUUGCAAAUUCAAACCGGUGUAUAAAAAAAAAAUACUAAACACGCGUUUUAUAGAUAAAAGUGGUCUACCGUGGAGAUGGAUUCCUCAUAGUGAAUGCCUUUUUAUAGUAUCAAUAGUGGCUAAACUAUUUCAAUUAUCUUGUGCUCCUGGUGAGUGAACUUGCUGCCACAAUUUAUCAUGUGCUUGAACGUUUUGCCUAAUAAUAAGGCAUUUGUUUUUUGCAAACUUCGUUGUCCCAGCUGUGCAAUAAAAAAAAGUUUGAUUCUUUUUACCAGCAAUGACAAGAUUUCGAAAUGGAUGAAAAAAUAUUUUGCAACGAAAUUAAUAUAUCAUCUCGCAUUGGCAGAACACAAAAAAUAAAAAUAAUGUACGUAGGAUGACUUGGUAAAAAUCAUUUAUUUGUAUAUAUAUCUGCACAUUGGGAAUGACAGAAAAAUAGCGAAGUUGCUGCUUUUAAAAUAAAUUACAGUGUAUAAUCUGACUUCAGCUGAGUUUUUAUGUAAAGGACGGUGUUACGGACAUAAAUUCUCUGUAUCAAAUUAAUGUAAUUGGUAUUCAAAUAUUACUUCAGUAUAAUGUAAGCUGGCAUUUAUAUAUACUCACUAAGUCUUUAAGAGCUCAUUUUAAGAGACUACGAUUGUAGGGCUCAGGGUUAGGGUACCAAUAAAUGCACCAUUAAGGCAUUUCGGAAUUUCAAAAAUUAUAAGCACCAACUUUAUUGUGGCUGGGCCAAAUAAAUGCUACUUUUGUAUAUUUAAAAAUACAUUGAAUUUUAAUAUAGCCAUAGCCAAUAUGUCAUUAAUGGAUAUAAUUUAUUAAAUAAUAGAGAUUUAAUGCAAAAUGACCCAAAAUCACCAGUGAAUGAACAUUUCGUACUCCAGUGAAUGAGCAAUCACAAUUUUCUGACAAUUUGUUUUUAUUUUAAAUUAAUAAUAAAAUUUUGAAUUAAAACGUAUGGCAUGGGAAACUUUAUCUCUAUAGCAAAAAAUAUUUUUCCUAUGAUUGGGUAGGCUAUUUAUUUCACCCCAUCUGAUGUCAGAUGGUGGUGCACUCCAGACGUGAAAACUGGUUGUUGCAGCAGUUUUAACUGCCACACCAGCCACCCACAGUUUGCCAGCCUGCAAAAAUACUUCUUCAUAACUAUAUUGAAAUACCCCGGUUAGUAACAACGUACGCAUGCUAAAAAAUCACUUGAGAGUAGUACCAUAGUGAAAUGAGUCACCAAAUUUCCUUGUUCGCACUGAAAUCUUGGCUAUAAUAAGCUGAUGUUAACGCGAGCUAUCGAGGCUCUAUGAAGGAAAGAGGGGUGGGAUAGUAUUAUAUCCUCAGAACACACAACAUAAUUGACAAGGGGUCCCGAGAUCGUAAGUCGCCUCUUAAUUGCCAAUGUUACGGGUCACGCUACACGCAGCAACGUAGCCAAAAGCAUCGACAUUAACACAAGACCGCUCUUUAAUUUUGUACAACAAGUAAAGAUAAUCGUGCGUGAGAAAACGUAGCGUCUUGUUUAGAAAUCCGAGUUUUAGUGAAGCUAUUUAAAACAGUAAUCUCUUUCAUCUUUCCUGAUGCACAUGGAACUGGAGUUUAGCUUUAGUAAAAUCAAGUCUACUUGCAUUUUUCUUCGUCGAAGGUUUGUUCCGUUAGUUACGAAUUUCUAGUUACAGAUAUUUUAUUAUUUCACCUAUUGCUUUACGAUUAUUAGAUUGUGGAAGUUCUGAUUAUUUUUGUAACUAAUACUAAGAUUAAUGCUUAAUAAUUUACAAAAUAUAUAUAGUUCAUUUAUUGGUUCCAAAUAACCAAUUUGUGAACCAGGAAAUAUUACUAAAAUGAUUUUUUUUGGUUAAGAAAAUGGUGGUUCGAAUAUUGGCCUAAAGAAAAUGAUAAUCUUUAUUAAACCUCCCUUCACAAAAUUAAUAUUUCGUUAACAGAACCUGUGAAUGAACACCCGUUCAUUUGUAGGAUUUCUCAUUUUUAUGAUCCAGUAAUCGAGCCCUUAUUAUUAUAAAACAAAUAAAAUUAUUUACAAAUUUCGUUCUGUUGAAUAAAAUAACAGAUAGAUAGAGUGAGCCACGCUUAAAACAAAAAUGCAGUGUCUUAGCGAGUACUUAAUUCUUGCUCAUACAAACACAUAUGCAACACAACGCGUCAACUAUAAACAGUCACCAUUUUGUAAGUACGUCUCACUGAAUAUUUUUGUUCGAACCAAUUAUGUGUUUAAACCUGAGCUCUCGUAAAAAGCAUACUGUGUUUAGUGGAAAUCUCUAGUUUUCUUAUUUUAUUGAAAAAACUGACUUGUUCAUUCACUAGAGGGUGUUCAUUCACAAGUACACUUACCCUAAACUAUAUUUAAAAACGGGUAUUUUUAACAGAUUCCACCGUUUUUGUAUCAAUUAAAAAGGCCUGUGCUAACAAUAAUGAGGACAUAGGCUGAUAAAAAUGGUAAGGUACAUUUGUGGUAUGGAUAUUGCAGUAGAAUUAUUCGGUAGCAAGAAUAAGCUCAGCUUGGUCAGAAUGCACAGUGGUUCGCAGUGCGGAUCAUACAACAAAAUAGUUAUAAAAAUUACAAUUUAUUAUGUGAUUGGAUUUUGUAACAGACGCAGUGGCGUUUGUAUAUACGAUAGGUAGUGACCUAUAUGAUAAUCUCUAGAUGGCAAUGUCUGGUUUAUUACAAUAGCACACCUUUAAUCGUAGAUUUGUGUCAAUGUCAUUAGACUUUGUUUUAUAAUUGAAUAUUGUAAACUCUUUUGUCCGUGUUCAGGCUUUGUUUCUACGGUAAAUAUCAUGCAAUCCAUACAUUCAGCUACUGUAAGAAAAACAUUACAUUAACGUUUUCUUUACCACGGGCAAAUGAGGAAAUUGAACAAAACAAUCAAGUAUAUCUAAACAUGACAUAGUUUUUUUUUUGAAUCAAUUAUCAAGUAAAAUUAUUGCAUUUGAUACGCAGUAUGUAAGUUCCCUUGGGCCGUCUAAGAAACCGUAGCUUCGUAACUGGUUUCGGUGAAGGAAUUAUUCUUCUCUUACGGAACGGUUUCGUAGACGACCGAAGGGGUACAGUUGCAUCCGUAUUUAAUUUCGUUUUAACUUACAACUACAAUCAUAACAGAGGACUUCUUUACAUAGACAUGGUUUAUCGAUAUUAUGUAUAUUUAUGUAAUGUUUUAUACUAUUAUAGCAGAUCUGUCAAUAGUAUAAUAACAUAAACUAUAGAUGUACGAAAUGACUUUGAAAUUAAACGAAUUUUAUUUCGUAGCUUUGAUUAAUUAUAACAUAUUUGGGACAAUCGUAUUAUUGUAAAAGAGUUGGUAGUUUAUUUUUACCACUUUAUAAAGGAUGGUAAUGGUUUUCAUAAAGCACGCUAUCGGGAUGGUGUAAAUGGUCUUAGUAUUAUCAUGUAAUAUCUUAUUGAAUAUAAAAAUAGUUCAGACGAUUUCUUUCUUUCUUACUAUUUAUUGAGUUAAGUACCCCGAGGUCGAUACCUCGUAGUUGGUGAGAUACCCUAAUCUCUUAUCUAUUAAUGAAAAAUUUAGUCAGCGAAGUCGACCGGCCACCUUAUGUAGGUCAGCGGCUUUUCUUUUUAAAAUCAUAUUAAGUUUUGUGAUGUCUGUUGGAAAUGUACUACCUACCUGAUAAAUUAUUAAUCUGUUGGAUUAUCUAUAUUAAAAAAACGUAAUGCUUCGUAUUGUAUAUUAUAUUUAAAAUUAAACUUAUUCCAUUUUUGCUGCUUUCACCAGUAUUGUUUAAUUAUUUAUUUUGGGAAUUAUGUAUUGGAUUGAGGAUAUUCGAAGCAUCCAUUCUUAGUUUUACUUCAAUAGGAAAUAUUUUAAAUUUUUGUGUAUGGUAUUGUUGUUAAUUUAAACUAUUAUGCUAUAUUGUAUCGUUUUCUGAAAUAAAAGACUUAAUUUAUGACGCUUUUUUUUGUACUUUCUAUCAUCACUUCAUCCCUAGGUCCAUGGCGAUUAUUAUUAAUAAGGAUAACAUUGGGUGGUGGCUUGUUAACGAGACGAUUGGCUAUAUUUCUGAUUCCACAGGCAGUAUUCUGCUUGAAUACGUCGAUGCAUCUGUCGACGUGUAGAGGAGGCAUUACUGAUAAAUCUGCGGAACUCGCGCGAAAGCCGUCGAAUGCGUCUAUAAAGUUGUGACAUGAAUGUUUAAGGAACUAACAUUAUUCAUGUGUCUGGCAACACCAAACUUAUGUACAUCAGCUGUCAUCGAGUUUCAGUUGUGGAACAGUUUUCCUGUUGUAUUUUUUAUUGUUUGGAUUAAACUGUAAUAAAUUAAGACGAAACUACGCAGAAAAGUAUAAAAAUGAGUAAAUUAAAUCGGAGUGGCACACGGGAAGUGAUUUUUAAAGUUUUCCAGCGAUGUUUCGAAGACUAUCAAGCUGGACGAAUUUUGUGGGAUUUGGACGAUGUUUAUGGGCGAACAGCAUCUAUGACGGGUAUGUAAUUGUGUAACUAUUUGUUUGUAAUCUGCCUGAAGUUACAAAUUUACUCAAUUUACGAUUUUGAGACCAAAAAAGGCUUGUUUACAUUGCACAUUUUUAGGUUAGAUUGACAUUGUAAAUAGGUAAUAUUGUAGUACGACCAUUUCUUUUGAUACGUUAUUAUGGUUCAACUCGGUCAGGUUUUCUACCAAUUUUGAAUUAAUUGCUUCAUGUCAAUGAGUUAUUGUUUCUAUUCCUUUACAUAUUUUUUUACUUUUUUUUUCAGGAAAAUCAGAGAGUCGGUUAGUCAACGAAGGUUUUAAGAAUGAUGGAAAGUUUGAAACUCCUGGGAAAACAGACAAGGCCGACCAAAGACAGAAAUGGUCACAUAAAGAACCAUGGCCAGAUGCUUUUAGUGAAGAUACCUAUCACUAAUUUUACUAACUGCACAUUUACAAAUUGUUUCUCUAAAUAAACUCGUUUUCUUAACAAGUGUGUUAAAAAACGUCGUAUGUUGAUACUUGUGUGUAUUAAUGAUUACCUAACGGCUCUAGUCUCAAUGGCACCUCAGCGGUAAUCACCAACAUUACACACUUUUACUCUAUACUUCGACUUUUUAUUAGCUGCAGUAAAAUGACGUUUCAAAAUUUCAUUCCGUAAAAUAAUGUUGACAGCCUAAUUUCAAUAGGGAUGUGCUUAUGUUCACAGAAAAUCUAAUCGUUCCAUAAUUAACUCAUAAUGAUCAUACUUAAUUCUAUUUAUUAUUCAUAUAAAUAAAAGGCUGUAUCAAAAGGCCAACUUCUCGUAAGAGACAUUGAGAAAAAUUAUGAAGCAUCUUAAUUUCAAAUUCGCUACUCGAUCAAGCAAGAGCGUACUUAUUGAUAGACAAGAUAUCAUAUCAUGGCGCCAGCGCUACCUGCGUUUAAUUACACAAUAUCGUAGGGAGGGAAGAUAUAUCUAUUUUCAAGACGAGACCUGGAUCAACGCUGGUCAUACUACAAAAAAUAUCUGGAGUGGUGGAAGUAUAAAAUCUUCUCGGCAGGCAUUUUUAGAUGGUCUAACUACGGGAUUAAAAAAAUCCACAGGAAAGGGCAAACGACUCAUAAUCAGUCACAUAGGCGGAGAAGAAGGCUUCCUGGACGACGGAUUUCUUAUGUUUGAAGCAAAGAAAGGUACAGAAGAUUACCAUGAUGAAAUGAAUGCAGUGUUUCGAGAAGUGGUUCGACGGCAUUCUACCCAAACUCAAUCCGAAUGCAGAAGUCGUAAUGGACAACGCGCCCUAUCAUUCUAGGAAGAUCGAAACAAUCCCAAAAAUGUCGUGGACGAAAGCACGAAUUCAAGAGUGGCUGACCACUAAAAAUAUUACAUUUGAACCAAAUAUGGUGAAGACCACUCUCAUAGAUAUAUAUAGUGUGAAACAACAAAAUCAUACUGAGAAAUGUGCCGUGGACGAGAUUGCUGAAAAAGGUAUCAGACUUUUAACACUGCCCCCUUAUCACUGUGAAUUGAACCCCAUCGAGUUGGUUUGGGCUCAGGUAAAGGGGCACGUCGCAAUCAAUAAUAACACAUAUAAAAUGCAAGAAGUGAAAACUUUAUUCCAAGAAGGAAUCAACAAAGUGACACCGACUAAGUGGAAUGACUGUGUGUCUCACACUAUAAAAGAGGAAGACAAAAUGUGCCACCUCGAUCAUAUUAUAGAAGAAGUGACAGACAGAUUUGUCAUUAGUGUGACCGGAAGCAAUAGUGAUUCCGAAAAUGAUUGAUUAAUAAAUAACAUUGUUAUGACAAUUUUGUUUAAUUUUGGAUGUACGUCCUUAUACUUCCACUGAAAAAGAUCAAUCCUUUACUAAAGUAAUAAUAAUAGAAUAAAAAAACAUUACAACUUAAUAUUAAAUCUCUUAAAUAAAACCAAACUGAUCACUCAUUUAUUGAAUGAUUCACUUACUCACUUAGCUACAUCCCUAUUUAUUUUUCUUCAAAAAGCGGU